CACAGUCUCAACAUGCAUUUGCUCAGUAACCGUCGCUAUUCUUGUGCGUUACAUACUUACAGUUACAACUCACGAGCUAAUUACAUUAAUUUCCCCUUGCAGAGUCUCUCUAGUCGUAUACAACAAAUAGGUAGCCAGCAUUUUUCUUAGCUAACUUAUUACGAUUGCUGCAGAAUGUGGAUGCGUACAACGGCUAUUGUUAUGUUACUGGGUGUCUGUGAGCUAAUGCAGCCUCCCUUUCCGGCGCCAGAAGAUGAGGAACGUGAGCAUACACGGGCAUACACACAAGGCGGCUUUCCUGGUCAACCGGGAUUCCCAGGACUUCCAGGUCCCAAGGGGGAACCGGGCGUGUGUGGAUGUACCAGUGACAUAAUAAGACAUCCCAGUUCGUCGGACAUGCGCGGUGACAUGGGGUUGCCCGGUGAGCCAGGUUUGCCCGGCAGACCAGGAUUUCCUGGUGCGCCCGGCCUGCCUGGUAUGAAAGGAUCAACCGGUGAUGUCGGACGUCCCGGGCUUCCGGGACUGCCAGGUUAUUCAAGUUCCAAAGGAGAGCCAGGGUUGCCAGGAGCGCCAGGCUACCCUGGGCUUCCCGGUAUGACAGGUUCCAAAGGAGAUCCGGGUUCGUGUGGCUGCUCCGAGCGUAAUGCAGGGUACUAUUCCGAAUCUGGAAAUCCGGGGGUACCUGGAUUACCUGGACUUAAAGGCGAUAAAGGAGAUACGGGAAUGCCUGGAGUUCCUGGUCGGCCAGGACUAGCGGGACCCCCAGCAGUGGCACCCACCGGUCUACAAUUUAGUUCUGAAUUUGUAGGUCUUCCCGGUUUAUCUGGGAGACGGAAGCGAGAAAUUGAAGAAACUCGAGCCACGAAAAAGGUGGAGCCGUGACUGGUUACCUUGUCCACCAUUCACAGUCGGCAGACCUCCCGCGUUGUCCCCUUAGCAGUACGCAAUUGUGGACGGGGUACUCUUUCGCAGCAUCCGAUAACAGAAACCGACCAGGACACAUUGACCUCGGAGCGACGGCAUCCUGCCUGCCGCAUUUUACCCCUAACCUGCAUUGCUAUGCGCCUGAUGAGUGUGCGCAAAGUGAGUCAUCGCAAAUUUCAACUCAUUGGCUGGCAACGCUGGAUUCCGAUAGCAAGAUCAGCCGCUGCGUAGUGUGUCACGUUUCUCAGCCAGUCGCUGCAGUUCAUAGCCAGACUGUUGAUGUGCCGGAAUGCCCUAAUGGCUGGCGGGAAUUGUGGGACGGAUUCACCUUUAUGCCGACAUCAACAGGUUACGAGCUCGCCAGCCCCGGUUCGUGUCUAGAAAAGUAUAAGAAGCGUCCGAUAGUGCAGUGCUCUGAUGACAUGGACAGUUGUGCACCUGACGGAUCGCGCUCCUUCUGGCUUGCUGCAGCAGUUCCAGAGAACAAUCUUGUACGUUCAAACACCGCGCUGAACCACUCUCCAUCAAUAAGCCGAUGCCAGGUGUGCAUGAAGGAUCCUAGCGCGAAGCAAUAGUAAUUAGCGCAAUUAUUUGGAAUCACUCUGCAGAAUCAGUAGACACUGUUUGGAUCGUCCGCAAGUUAUUCUCAUAAAAAUCGUAAUGCACAUCUCUCAUUCCCAUGCAAAACGUCCCAGUGUAAGCAGAACAUAUUUUUUCCGUUUAAUUGAGCUAUGCCUGCUGACAACGUUGCAGAAACUGUGGCACAAUUACAGUUGUCAUUUGCAAUGAAACAUAAUCGUAAUCAGAGUGAUGUUACUCCGACGUGGAACAUUCAGUCGUUCACGCGCUUCUGAAAAUCUAGGUACAGCAAGAUACGAGAAAAGUAAGAGGAAUAAGCACGAUCACAUUAGCACUAAUUUCUAGAACCAUUAUGCCGGCAAAGUCGCCGUUCAUUUGCUUUCGCUAUGACACUAUAUUCCUUUCAUUAGCAAUUAUUCCACUCUCCUUCAGAAAGCGGCUUUUUUAAUUUUUAGCCAAAUAUAAAUUAGAAUUACUGUCUUUACUGCAAUCAGCCCAUGAACAACGCUUUUCUGUACCCAUAUAAAUUUGGCCAUCUUUCUGGAUCUGGCUUAGCAUUACUAUCGGUGUGAAUACGAAGUAGCUCUAUGCCCUUUUAGCCUCCGUGUUCCAUCGUGCUACGCUAGUAUGUUUUCAAACAGCCUCUGACUCCCAGCAACACUAGCGGAAAGAACUGCAAACAUGUAGUGUUACAUAACCGGAUUACUCAUGUAGUAAUGUAACCUAUGGUCAUAUAUGUUUUUCCCUAUGGUCAUGUACCUAUGGUCAUGUGUGCGUUUAUCCUAUGGUCAUAGUCCAUGUUUUUGCCUUUCUCAUGCCCUUGUGAGCCAGAUGUACUGACAAUGAGUGAUUGUCUGAUAUUAGGUCGUUUCCCUGGAUGUCCUGUUAUUUCCGGCUUAGGCCGUUAUAUAAGCUCAUGUUUACUUGUUAUUUGUUAGUUCUUAGCUGAGUAUUAUUAAAGUGGCUAAAACCCGA